AUGCCAGAAUCAGUGGUUCCAACUGCUCCUCCAGCUUACGAAGAUCUUCCAAUCCUUCCAUCAGCUCCUCCCUGCUCAUCUCCAUCAAUUUCAACCGGUCCUCCACCGGAUUUCUCGACAAAUGACGAUGAAAAUGUUUUGAAUUCGACCUCAGCUGCUCCCCAUCUUCCAUCAUUUCCAAGAUUUCAUUCAUUCCGUGCUGAAAAUGAUCGUGAAACUCAACCACCACCCUAUCAAUUUGUUGAGCUUUCGGUGACUCAAUUGGACGAAACGGAAGACGCUCGCCGAAUUGAAAGUGAGAUUAAUAUGGGUGUUGAUGGGCUGAUGAGAAGAAGUGAAGAGAGAGACCGUCUGGAUGAUGCGAGGAGGAUGAGAAUCAACCAGAGAUGCACUGGAGUUGUCUCAAGGACAGCACACACUUCAACUGCUCAUUGUCAUCAACACGAGAGUUGUCAGGAGAAUGUAGAGGGUAAUGAAGCUUGUUGCUGGGUUGCCGGUUGCCUUCUAUGUGGAGCUGUCGGCUGUUUUGUAAUGGGCUUCUGCAUGAUCCGUCGUGGAAUCACUGGUGGAAAGAAGCCACAUCAACAAGAUCGUUCUUACCAUGCAGUCCCUGGAGUUGCUCCUGUUACAGUAUCACUGGGUUAUCCACAAAUUCAACCGUCCACAUCGGCCGGCUACUGGCCAACUUCGUAUCCACCUCAACAGAAUCAAGUCGUUUUCCAAGGAGCUCAACCAGUUCAUUCUGUUCAUCCACAAGUGCUCAUCGUCGAGAAUUGCGUCAAUGAUUGCGCUCAUCCACCACCUUGCCAUGAUCACGAUCCAUGUCACGAUCAUUUCGUUUCACCGCGCACCCGCCGAAGAAUGAUUUUCGCCUUUCUCCUCUUCUUCCCACCAUUUUGGCCAUGCUUGGGCAUUUUCUUGAUCACCCGAGCGUGCAAGGGCGAUCGACAUGGACAUUUCCGCAAAGGAUGGUGUUUUUGCGGUUUUAUUCUUAUCACUCUCACCGGUCUCGCUAUUUCUGGGAUUGCUUUGAUGUGCAUUUUUGGGAAAAGCUAUGACGAUGACGAUUAUUAUCGUUCAACGAGAUGGCCUCGAUAC